CCUUGGGGACGCCAACGCGGUCAUCCAUCUCUGCGUAUACGACAUUCCUCCCGUUCCAUAGAUUCUAAGAUGAAGUAUUUGCUGUUUCUGUUACUUCUGCUUGGCGCUUGCCUAGCAGCCAGCGCUGUCGAAGAGGCUGAAGACGAAAAUAGCGAUCAGUUCGUCGACGAUGGUGGAGAGGAGGUUCUGGAGGACCAGGAAGUCGAAAAUGAUCUUUAUGACAAGGUAGAUAAUUAUUUGGAAGAUAACGACUUGGAACGCCGUGGUCUAUUUAAACUUUUGAAAGAGGAAUGUGCGGCCGGAAGACCCCUUAACAAGGGGAUCGGACUCCCGUGUGGGUGCAAUUUGGUCUGUGAAAGCAACAGCUGUAGACACUUCCAGUGUGGCCGGUGUACAAUCGGAUCUUGCCCUUCGGGCCAAUACUGCGCUGCUUUCCCCUUGCUCAAAACCUCUCGAUGCCAGGAGAAAAAAGAUUGUAGAAGGUGGUGCACCAGCAAACGCCAGUGUAAAAGCGGGCGUUGUCGCUGGUUUAAAUGCAAAUGUUAGAAAAUUCGACUCACGGGACAAAGGAAAAAAACCUUGAGAACCGCAUAAACCGAUCCCGUGAUAAAUUAUGAUACAAGAAAAAAGCUGAUGCAGAAUUAUGAACUUUACUUCAAUAAUGUAUUGUUUCACGGAUUUACAGUCUAACAGCUGCAAGAUUUUCAAUAUUCCGCUUCGAUGACAACUUAAUGAGAAUUGUGCAAACAGAUACCGCGACAUUCUAAUAAAAUCUCAAUCAGCAAGA